GUCAAACAUUGUGCAACUACCUUGUCGGGAUAAAUUUGGGGGCAGCUUACGUGGCCACCGACGUCAUGCACAGGAAGAAAGACGCCACUGCCCUUGCGACCGCGUGGCUGAAGAGGGUGAAGCCCAUGGACGUGGACUUGAGCGAGAUCACAGCGUUCGUGACGGACUCCGCCGGGGUGAACGUCGCAGCGAUGGAGGUUUUCCAGAAGGACGAGAGCAUCAAACACAUCUUCUGGAUUUCAUGCGUUGCUCAUGUGAUGGACCUCAUUCUCGAGGACAUCGGCGGGAUUGAUUGGGAGGUCACUCACAUCGCGCAGGCAAGGUUGGUGACGAGGUUCUUCAAGCACCAUGGCCACGCACGGGAGGUUUUGGAGGUCUUCUCGACGAAGACCCUUCUACUGACGGCGGAGACUCGAUUCGGCACUAACGUCAUCAUGAUGACGAGGCUUGUGGAUCUGCGGGGAGAGCUCACACAGCUUCUCGGUGACGACCGGUGGCGUGAGACUGUCUGGUCGACCAACAAGAUCCGCAAGGACGCCGCAGAGGUCACUGCGUGUAUCGGGUCUCCUCCAUGGUGGGAGGAUUUGAGAGCUUUGUGCAAGAUGCUGGAGUCUAUCAUGGAUAUGCUGAGGCUAGUCGAUAGUGACACACGCCAGAUAAGCAAGAUUUUGCGUCGUUACGAGGUUGUGAUCGCAUCUUGCUUGUCUGCAUGCCUCGACCUCGAUCGGRRGCAGCARGACGCUAUUUUGGAGGUGUUCGACAGGCGGCGCACCAUGUUCCGGACACCCGCCCACAUAGCAGYCAURUUGCUGGAUCUCGAGUUCCGAGACCCGACGCUGAACGACGACCAGGAGGUGYAGCAGGGAUUGAUCGAAGCCCUGGUCCAGUUCGGCUAUGCAGAGGGAUCGGUGCAGCACGAGGAAGUCCUUAAGGCAGUAUUCAAGUUCCACACAAAGGAGUCUCAUUUCGAUGAUGUCAACAUGAGGCGAUCAUUGGCAUGCUACAACCACCCUGCCAGCUUUUGGUCCGCGAAGAGUGCGAAGUACCCUCACACGGCCAUCUUUGCCGGUAGGAUCCUUCGCAUCUGGGCGACUGCAUCACCAUGCGAGAGUAACUCCCAUCCUGGUGAAUAAUGAGCGGGUUUUCGAAGAGCACUUAAUUCAAAAUCU